ACAGUAUAUACAAUUUUGCGAAAAUUUAUAUAAGCAAACAGUUUAAUAAAAAGGAUGCCUAAAAAUAAUUAAUAAAUAUUUCGGAAAAGUAAAACAAAUUUUCUUAAUCGUCCUGCUCGUUGGAAGACAAAAACUAAAAGUGUCAAAAUUGUAUGCUUAAAAAGAAAAAAACUGAAUAGAAACUUUUAGCAAUAACAUUAAAAACCUUUAAAACGGCAAAUGCGUGUGAAAUAUCUCUUUCCUUUAUAUACUAAAAAUAUAAUGUUCAAAGUAAUUGUUUAAAACUAAAAUUUUUAGCAAACAAGUUUCAAACUAAACCAAAAGAAACUAAUUUUUGCCUAAUUGUUAAGCCAUGAACCACUAAAAUGAAAUAAUUAAUAAAAAUGUGAACAGAAUUUGAAAAUCUUAACUAAAGUUUAUAUUCAAAUAAAAUUACUUGCAUGGCAACAGGCGAGCAAUGAUCAAUUUUUUACUAAUAAUACGUUUGCCGACAUUUAAGAAGUAAACGUAAUUAAAUUAACUCUCAUGAUUCAAAAUAUACACAUUUAAAUACAUACUUAUUUCAAAGGUGUUUUACAAUGAAAAUUCAUAAAACAAAAACCACUCUAUGGACAUUCACAAAAUUGUUUUGAUGCCAUAAAUUGAAGAAAUUACUAAAAUAUAUACAUUUUUUAAUAUUGCAAACAGCUUAUAUAAAAAAAAAGACCUGAUAAAAUUAAUUUUAUAUAAUGUCGAGAAGUAAAACAUAUCCAACAGUUAAAAAAGAUUAAAAAAGAUGGAAGUAAAUGGAAACACGAAAAUUAAAGACAAAUUUAUCAACACUUUUAGGAAUAAUAGUUGUAAUUUUAAUAUUUUCGGCUUGUAAAAAUCAUAGACUUCAACAACUAACUAAUGUUUGACAUUUAAAGGACCUUAAAAGUAGGUUUAUUGAAAUACCUAUAAUGCCCAACUGUGGAACAUCCAAUGGUGGAAGGACAUCGGAUUUAAAAGAAAUAUCAAACAGCAAAAGAAGUAGUCGCCAUGAAGAACAACGAUUGAAGCAACAUAAGAAAUUCUUUAAUAAUUUAAAAGCGGUUCAGGACAAUCUUGGUAACUCCCGUGAUCAAUAUAAGGUAUCCACUAACAACAGUACUAGUGAUGAUUUUGAAAACAUCUUUGUUGUUCCAUCAAGAAGUUCGGCAGGAAUAGCAUCGUCGUUAUCCGAACUGCUCUUAAGCCAGCAUUGGCAAAACAGAAAGACACCAGAAACAGAUAGUUAUCAAGAAGAGGUUUUUCGCAAUCAUAAUGAACUAUUUUCCUGCAUAUACACUAAUAGUAUGCUAAAUCAACAAAAAUGUUCGGAGCAGCAGCUUUUGGCCACGCAACUUUUUUAUGCACGGCUUCUUCACCCACACUUAGCAGAACAAGAAUCCUUUUCUGAGAAAUUCACUGAUAGCGCCGCAAAUAUGAUUCAUCACGCAGAAUUAAAAAAGCCCAUGAUUGGACAUAAUGAACUUCCACGAACCCAAUCUUCGCAAGAUAAUAAUAACAAUAUUGAGUUGACGAAUGAUUUAGAAAAUUGUUCAAGAUGUGGUGAUCAACCAAUAUUUAAAUUUACUAAACUUAAAAAAAAUCAGAAAACUGUGCAAAAGAAUAUGCAGGAAUUGGAAAAUUGUAAUUCUAUUUUAAAUAAAGAACAGAAAAUUAGCCAAAGUAAGGAAUCCAAAUGCACAGAUGACUAUGAUCUACAACACACGUGUGAGUUUAUCCGGGAAAACAAAAACGUACUUAUCGACGUUAAAAAUAGACUCGAAAAACUUUCUGUACUAUCAGCUAAAUUUAGGAAAAGCCUGAGUGCGCGUCAAUAUUAUGUUGAUGUAAAUAAUGGUUCGGAUUCAGCCCUUGAGGCAACUGUGGGACGACAACUAGAUGGGAAUUGCAAGUCAAUUGAAAGCGUACUGGAACAAGUAAAACGGCUUUAUAAUAAGUGGAGCAGCGCUGAGCUCUACUACCGUCGAAGUUUACAACGCUUAGGACUCACAUCAGAAGAAGGUGUUGAAUGCAGUCCUACGCCAACGCACAUUAUUAUGGCUUUGGCUGCAAUAGCAUUAUCAGAAGAAAAGGAGCUAUCAGUGAAGGAAACCACUGGUAUUGACUCAAAGCUCCUCGAAAUUGAAAGCGUGUCUAUAAAACCUAAAACACUGAACGAAAUAGAGGAUAUAAUAUUACAACUAUCUUCAGCUGUUAAUAUGCAUCAAUCUAGUGUACCUUGCACCACACCUGAUGUAUAUAGUGAUGGAGUCAAGAGCGAUUUCGUAGAAACAACUUUAAUACCCAAUUGCAUUUGGCAUACUAAUAAGCAGAGAUUUCGGCAUAAAGAGGAGGGUGAGCAUUGUACCACCGCAGCUGAAAUUAUUUUAGAAUAUGCUUCAUUGUCUUCAUCAUCUAAUGCAAACACGAUACGCGUGCCUGACACUUUUAGAUCUGUUUCCAACUUUACUGACGCUAUAGAAAAUUUUAGUGUCACAACACAGUCUCCUAAUAUUUUAAACAACAAUCGUGAAGGCUCAGCUGUGUCAAUCAUUUCCGAUCCUUCAUUUUUUCCUGAGUUUUCUACUGCACCUUCUACACCUUCGACAAGUAGUAAUAGUGGCUGCUCGACUGGAAUAGUAUCUGGAAUUUUUGGAUUGGGUCACAAUCGCAGAAAACCACGAUUCGCAAGGCGUAUUGAAACUCAGACUUCAGAUUCUUCUAAACCUAAUGUUAUAAAAGAGAGUGACGAUCAGGAAUUAUCUAACCAUCUUCUUACUUCGUCAAAAUCAACUAAAACAGCAAAUAAUUUGUGCCCUCAAAUUCUUACGACUACACCUUCAAUUAAAAUUGCUGUGACAACGACGCAAGAACGUUCAAUAAGUAACAUGUUCGAAGCACGGCUUUGUGCAUUAUCGACAGAUACUGGAUCCCUCGAGUCUGAAAUUGUACCAAUGCUGGAUGCUCCGUAUGACUUAAGUAUUGGAACCAAGAUAAAACCCAUAAACUUGGAUACAAAAAAUUCAUCGAAUACACAAUCAAACGACGCUAAGGAGACAUCAAAUGAUAAAAAAAAACCGCAUAUCAAAAAACCACUAAAUGCGUUUAUGCUCUAUAUGAAGGAAAUGCGCGCUAAAGUUGUUGCCGAAUGUACACUAAAAGAAUCGGCUGCUAUUAAUCAGAUUUUGGGAAGACGGUGGCACGAACUUUCCCGCGAAGAACAAAGCAAAUAUUACGAAAAAGCUCGACAAGAGCGCCAAUUACAUAUGGAAUUGUAUCCGGGGUGGAGCGCACGAGAUAACUAUGGUUAUGUGUCAAAAAAGAAAAAACGAAAAAAAGACAGAUCGACAACGGAUUCGGGAGGUAACAAUAUGAAAAAAUGCCGAGCUCGAUUUGGUCUGGAUCAACAGAAUCAAUGGUGCAAACCUUGCAGGCGCAAAAAGAAAUGCAUUCGUUAUAUGGAAGCACUAAAUGAAAAUGGGCCCACCGAAGACGGGAGCGGUAUUGAUGAACACGGAAGCCAGCUAAGUGAUGACGACGAUGACGACUACGAUGAUGAUAAACUGGGAGGAAGUUGUGGAAGCGCUGACGAAAGUAAUAAAAUAGGGGAUGACGACACCGAGUCUUUAAAUCAAUCUAUGCCAAGCCCAGGCUGUCUAAGUGGAUUGUCCAGUUUACAGAGCCCAUCGACAACAAUGAGUUUGGCGAGCCCACUUAAUAUGAAUACCAACACUGCAACUAAUGCUCUUUUGAUCGUCAACGCAGAUCCGCCGACUUCACAACAACGGCCAACAUCUGUGUCUACAUCAGGAUCGAGUAGUGGGUCAACUAGUAGCAUCAGCACAACCCCAAAUACCUCAAGUACAGUUUCGCCAGUUACAGGUACGACGGGUCCAUCACCAAGUUCAUCCCAUGAAAGGGCCAUGAUGCUUGGAAAUCGAUUUAGUCACUUGGGAAUGGGGUUGAGCCCUCCAGUAGUUAGCUCAAGUAGCUGUAACCCUGACACAUUUUUUCAGCAACAUCCCACACUUUGUAAUAAUGCUAUAAUUUCAUUGCCAUCGAUUGGUAACAGUAGUUUACACCACUCUUCAAUGCCAAACAUUUCCCGAAACCCUAUUGGUGCUAACCCAAGGGAUAUUAAUAAUCCGUUGAGCAUUAAUCAGUUAACUAAAAGACGUGAAUAUCAAAAUGUUGAAUUAAUGAAAGAUAGUAGCUCACAGACGAUUGUCGCUCAUGCAGCUACUUCUAUUAUUCAUCAUGUGGCGGCACAUGGCUAUCGCGCGAACCACUCUCUUCUAAAUAGCACUUUUAGCCAACAUUUCCAUCAACAAUUAACUAACCAUAUUGAAACAGCUAAAAUGAUUGAGCCGACAAUGUUGUCGGUGAGUACUCAUGCUGUAAAUAGCACUGAGUGCCAUAAAGGAUCAGAUCCACAAGCAAAUGCAUCUGUAAAGACUACAAGCGCUGGCGCUUCCGAAACUGGCGUCAUUAGCGUUUCAUAACAGAUCUAACUGUAUUUUUACACUUCAUUAUUUAUAAGUGUGCGAAAAAUAAUUCCAAUAAAUAACCGUGCAAUAAUUAUCUUGACAUACAUUCGCCAUCUUAUGAAACCAGAGGCCAUUUAUAAAUAGUGCCAAGAUUAACAUCGCAAUAUUUCUUCUUUUUUAUUUCGACUUUAUAAUAAGUUCACAAAGUUUUAGGAUUUAUUCACAAAAACCGAUAACAUCAACUUAAAUAGAGGCCAACUAUAAAUAUUUCUUAAAAUAAACCUGAGACAAAUCCCAAUUUAAGAAUGCCAAAUAGAUCAGUAAAUAAACAGACAAUAUAAAUUAACUCUAUCAAUCCACUACUUACGAUAAAUGACUUUAAUUUUUUUUAUGUUUAAUUAAUGAAUUUAAACAAUAUUAUGGAGACAUUGCGGUCUAAAUACUUACACACAAUAAUUAAUUUUUAUUUUUUAGAAUAAACUAAAUUUUUCUUGAAGAUGCCGGUGUCCUAAACAUAUAUGGUCACAAAUAAAUAGUUAAUGCAGCCAUUUUCCUAUAUUUACUGGCUUUUUGUCGUAUUCAAAUUAAGAUCUUUUAAUCUUCUUGUUCUGGCUUAUGCUUUUAUAAGAGUCAAUAUUUAGUUUCUCAACUCUCUCUUUAAAAUGAGAUUAAAGUAAUGCAUGCAUAUUGUAACGCUUACAAAAUUUAAAACUAGGAUUUUCUUAUGUUGUCAUUACCUGUAGCUUUCCUAAAUUUGGUUAGACCUACAGUUAUCACACAACUUUUUAUGUUAAUUAAGGUUAGAAAGUCACUUCCAUUUGAGGUAAUACUGCUUGUGUCUCUAUCUGAAGGUUUGUUUUGAAGAUGGUGAACAUAUACCGUACAUUUGAUAGCCGACACACUCGACUAUAGCGAUCCUUACUUUAAGCAAUGAUUGCGGUAAGCUUUACAAAUUGGUAAUGCUCGCACUUACGCAAAAUUCAAGGUUCAGAUUAAAAUUGCUUUAAUAAGAUGGUUGACAUUUCUGUAAGCAUUUAAAGAGCCCUUUUAUAAUGGGACAUAACUUUUUUAACACGAAUCCAAACGAUAAUAUUUAUUUGGAAUAAUACUUUUCUUAAACAAUUGUUUAAUUUCAGCAAUAAACUCAUAGUUAAAGUCAUAUAUAUCACAUUAUGAAUAUUUUAAUUAAUAACAUCCAUUCGAGAUUCCUGACAGUCUUUUUAUAUGCUGACAUUAAAGAGAUAUUACUUCCAUACCAAGUACUUCACAUGCACUGGCGAAAUUAAAAUUUUUUAUUUGAAGUUAUUUUUAAUUCACUUCUAAAAACAAAAGAAAUGAUAAUAUAAGCGCCGGUUAUUCACAUAUUUAUAAACAUUUUUGAUUUACAAGAGGUAUAUUUCGGUAACCAAUACGAUUUUUCUGAACUUUUUCUGCUAAUUUUUUAACAAAAUAUCAUCUGCAAGAAAGAACAUUUAAUUCAUGUUUUUUCAAAAUUGAUUAAGAAUACAUUUCAAAUGAGAUGUGAAAUAAUAUUUAUAUAUACAAUAUAAAAACAAACAAAAUGUAAAUAGGUAACAUUUUCAUAUAGAAGUACUGAUAAUGUUUACGAAUUUAUUGACCAUAAGACCUGAUAGCCAUUAUUCCAUUAAAAAUUACAUUUCUGAUAAAAAAUACAAUUCUUACAUUUUAAUUUUCACAUUUAUAUGUACUUUUAUACUAGUCUGCAUUCAGUUAUUAAACUUUAAAUAAAUUGAUUUAUUGUGUAGAGAUGCACGUUUUACGUAAAUAUUGGUUUUAUCGUAAAUGUUUGCUGAACAUUUAUAUUAUAUUAAGCAAAAAUGUUUGUUAGUGUGUUUGUAAUUCAAAUUUUUUCAGUUUUCAUUUUCUUAAAAUUGUAAUAUACCUUUACGUUACGUUACGUUAUGUACAUCUGUACUUAAUAAACAUGUCAUGAUUCGUAGGUUUGCAAUAAUUCAAACAAUUUAUUAUGGGAAACAGAAAGCACUAUGACUAGAGCCUAAUGUAAAUUUAAAACAAACAUCAUAUUUCGUAAAAAAUAUAUGAAUGUUUGUUUGUAAUAAUGAAUAAAGUAUAAUUCAAUCGGUUAGGUUGGUAAAAAAAUACUACAUUCACGGGUUUAAUUUUUUGUAUAUCUAAUAUAAUACUAUUUAAAUAUUUUAUAAAUAUUUUUAUGAGACCAUUUAAAGUAUAUGUGAAAUAAAUAUGUAGCUAUUCAGUCGGACAAUCGAAAAGCAGUAAAAAGUGACAACAAUAAUAAACACCAUGAGAUACAUCAAAUUAAAAGGAUCGAAUGUUAAUGCGAGUUUAGUUUCUUUUAUUUUCGCAUAUUUUUAAAUUUUACUUUACGGAACGCAAAAAUAGAUAUUAUGCAAUUUUUUUUAAAGGAAAACGUAAAAAGUUUUUUGCGUUAUGACAUGUAACAAUUUUAAAUCUAAAAUUGUGUGAAUUAGUAAGUCUUGGUUAAGACCCCACAAUUCGUUUUAUCAAAUGGCAUAUUACAUCACAUGCAAACGCAGAUGUCAACAUGAGAAAAAGCGGGUACCAAAACAUCGCAGCAACAGUGGGAUGUAAAAACCAAACAAAAGCUUCGUAAUUUCCUUUGAGUGGACUAAUAAUUCUUCUUCUAGGCUAGCCUUACGCAAGACGUUUCAAUCGUGCUUUUCUCGGAACCACGAUUCUUAGACCGGCAAUAACAAUAAGCCAAAAGGUUAUAACUUUUUUUUACUGUUCUACGUUGUAACAUAAAGGUUUUGAUCAAAGAUUUUUUUUUGAUUCGUCGUUAAAUGAACAUUCUAUUUAAUUGUGUUAGUUCUUUCGCUCUAAAAGUAUAUUUUGAGACGCACUUACAGAUUACAUUUAGUAAGUAUUUCUCUAUCUGUUGUCUUCCCAUAAUGGUCUUAGCUGGAGAUUUUUAAAAAAUUUUGCAUAAAAGCAAUGUAACUCUUUAGAAAAUUGCAUUAAUUAAAAGUACUAUUAUUGGUUUUCUUAACCGAUAUUUGAUUUUUAUUGCUUUGAAAAAUGAAGGAACUGGAAAAAAACCCAAGGCCCAAUACAUACACAUUUCGUAUCAAAAUAAAAUAGGAGAAAACGCUAUAGUCGAUGCCAUCGACUAUCAAACACCCGUUAUUCAGCUAAUGGUGCGAUGGAGAUAUGCAGCGAAACGACUCAUUACGUUUAUUGUCUUUUUUUUUAUUUGCUUAUAACUUGUUGUUAGUAUACACUUUUACUCAACGAGUGAUGGGUAUAAAAUUCUUUUACACUUCUGCAAGAAUAUGCAAUUGUUUUUUAUUAUAUAAAUGAAUAUGAAUCAGAACAAUUUUAAAAUUUUUCUUUUUUGGAGAUUUAUUGAGGGCCCAAUUCUACUUUUUACUUCCGAAAGAUUUACGUUUGUUUUCUUUCCGAAAAGUCUUCACGAAAUUUUUGAUCCCUUUCUACCUCAUUGCCCCUUUUUUUAAUUUCUAAAUUUGUUGUACUUUUUGGGACAUUUUGAAUAAAUGGUACACUAUAAUAACAAUGUUUUUUCUCUUCAUUUUUUAAACUUUCUUCUUUUGCUUGAAAUAUCACUCAGCCUUGUGUUGCCCAUGCUGGACACGUUUGCAACAGGAAUUUUAACGGCUCUUUUUAUUUAGUAAAAUAGAGAAGGUGGACCCUUAUUCCUGUAAAAGUUCGAUGGAUAAUCUGCAGAGACGUUAAACAUAAAAGCUUUUGUCGUACACCAAUUUUUUCACUUUUAAAAGUUAUAUGGUAAGAUGGCGAACUGAUAAAUAUAUACUAAAACUCUGGGUAGAUUUACAAAUAAUUUGAUUUUUCUUUAGGAAAGGUUGAAAAUGUGCCAUGAUGGCAUAACAAUUUAACUUUACACUUAAAAAAUGUUUACCUCAGUUCUGGACUUAAACUUAUCUAUUUAUCUUAGUUGGUUUCCAUAAAUAUUUGUUCUAUCACUGCUUAAUCACAUGUAAGUUGAAUAGGUUCUUUUGUUUUUGAUCAAAACCUUUCUUAAAAAUAUUAUUUCACAUACAUUGUCGGCACGAUAGGAGAAAUCGACUAUAAUUAUCAUAUGAGAUUUGACAUGUUCAACACCUUACCCUACAUUCCCCUAUUAUAGGGAUAGAGUGACAAUAUCAAUUUAUCACAAUAAAGGGCAAAUUAAAACUCCAACAAAGUUAAGGUUUUGUUAAGAGACUGCCGCUUCAGAAGUGAAAUACUUCAUACCAAAAUUGAGCUUGAUGAAGAGCAUUUCCCAACAUACAAUAAAGAUAUUAUUAUGUUAAAGAAAAUGCUAUAAAUGUUAUCGAAUUCACUACCGAAUAAUAUCGAAAUAUUUUUAAAUUAUUAUAUUCGUGGAAAAUUAGUAGUUCAUGAAACCAGGAUAUCAGGAACUAGGAGCUUUCAACCAUAAAAAUAAAAGCGUUGUUUUCGGUUUUAAACAAACACCUUUUGCAGGUACCUUCUACAUACUUAAAAUACCACUUCUACCCAAAUUCAGUUUUAUCAGAAAACCAAAACUCUUUAAUUUUGGUUUUUUAAACAAUUAUUUAUUUUUGAGGAAGAUUCAUCUAUAAUACUAGGAUUACAAAAAAAUUAAAACGUAUUGUUAUUAUUUUAUAAAUUUAUGUGUCGCCCUUGAAAAAAUUAUGUUCUAGUAGGCGGGGUCUACAUACUCUUUGUAAAUUUCUGUGCCUAUGUAUUUACAUCGAACUGAAAUCGGUACAUAUCUUUUAAAAAUCAAAUUAUUUACUUAUGAAUAAAUACGCGGCAUUAUUUUUGUAUACCCUUGCCAAGGUUAUAAUGAUUAUAAUCAGAAGUUGGCAACGCAUUGAAGGGGACGUAUCCGACAAGUUGAUAUAACCAGGUCCGUCUGUCCAUUCGUUUCUACGCAAACUAGUUUCUCAGUUUUUAAGCUAUCUGGCUGAAACUUUCCCAAAAUUGUUCUUUCUUUUACAGAUAGUAUAUAAGUCGGAUCCAGCCGGAUAUAGUUACAGUUAGUUAGUCCGGUAUAGUUAUAUCUUAUAGCUCCCAUAGGAAUAAUCGGAAAACAAUUUUUUUAAAUAUAUUUUUGGUGUGUUUAAACAUACAACCUUCUACUCUUGAAUAUAACAUUUUUUUUUAAUUUCGAAUUUAAUUUUAUCAAAAUCGGACGACUAUAUUUGUUAUAGGAACAUUCUUUUUAAAAUAAUCAUUCUUACGGUUGAUAGCAUCCCUUGGCGCACUAAGUAGGCUCAUAUUUCAUUAAUUAGAAAUACCCAUGAAGCACAGCAAGAAGUUAAAAGGUUAUACUAGACUCGUCAGGGAGAAGGAAGCGCUCCCGGCCAUACAUAUAUCAGGACGAUUAACCAAGCCGUUCUAGACAUGUUCGUCUAUCCUUCUGUCUUUCCGGUCAAAGGAACGCUAAGAUCCCGGAUGCUAAAAAGCUAGAAAGUUGGAAUAAGGUUGUUUAUUUCAGCAGGGCACUCUCUGGCACUCUUACAUAACGCUAAAAUGUGCCUAGCGGCAAAUUUAUAAAGAUUUUGGGAAAAUUCUAAAAUUUUUUUUUUGAUUAUUAAUGUUUAUCUAAUGUUUAAUCGGACCAGUCUUAUAUAAAUUUGAUGCAAAAUAUUUGAAUUCUUGGUUGUAGUCACUUUACUGCUCACAUAACUCCAUCUCCUUCGCAAUCCCCUAAGCUAAUUUAGAUAUUUGAUAGUCAAUGGCAUCGAGUAUAGUGAUCUCUCCUGUUUUUUUCAUUGAAUCUUAAAGAACAUGUUUUAUUUGUAUAAUGUAAAUUGUUCUAAAAAAAGGUUAAAAUAAAGGAAUAUAGAAGGCCUAGAAAUUCAAUAAAAAUAUUGCUGUGAUAAAUUAAAUUUCGAUUUAUAUAGGGCUCUAGUCACGGUUAUACAUAUAUAUAAAUGUAUAGUAUACAUAUCAUACAAUAAUAUUACAUAUUAGGGCUUGCUGAUUUGAAUGAUCCCAAAAAAGUGAUAAAUUGGUAAAGGAACGGAAUAUAUGGACAAAUCUAAUCAAUAUUGCCAAAGAAACUAUGUCUUAAGAAUGACUUGAUCCUCCGCUUUUGGCAGAUAAAAAUAAAAACAAACUAUCUAGUAGUCUAGACUUCAAAUCAUUGGUACGGACCAAAAAUGUUAUGUUUCUAAGCAUUUUUUUUUUAAAUCUAUGUGUCCAACAAGUUAGACCCUCCGCAAUUGCAAAAUAAAAAUUUUGAGUUUUGUUUCGUUUCCGAAAAAAAAUAUAAUAGUAGCCAUAUCAGAUAUUCAAGUAAUGACAUUAAAAAAAUUUAUUCAAACAGAACAAUAAUUUGAAUUUCUCCAAUUUACCCAAAACCCAUUUAUUUUUCCUUGCAAAUGCGGAUGUUCAAACGUGGUUUAUUGGAAUUGCGCCCAAUUUGUGUUCUGCCCUAAAAGAUUAAUUUAAUUGAUCGCGCUUAUACCAGUGUUUCAAAUUCAAGACUACUAAAAUAUUUUUAUUUAAACAGUAUUUUGUCUUGUCAAUGCGGUUGGUUAUAUGAAGUUUUAAGGCUAGUAUAUGUGACUCUAUUACUUAGAAUUGUACAUAGAUAACUUCUCCCUUUGAUUUGAAGAUCUUAAAAUCGACUAAUCCUUAUACAUUUAUAUAAAAAUAUAUACAUAUAAAUGGAUCAUUACCUUUAAAACCGGCCUACUAAAACCGAAUUUUUGUGUCAUGUUUUUCAUAUGGUAAUCUUUGAAAACUUGUGAACCAAUUUUAAUGACGAACACUUAAAGUUUUAUUAAGUCAAAUUUUAAAAUAUUUAUAGUUUUCUAAGUAAAAUGGGAAAUUUAGUUUUAGAGGGUCUGUUUUCUAAAGAUUGAUACAUUUACCUAUAUAUUUUUAAAGAACUUAAUUGCAAACAAGUAUAAAGAAUCUGUGUUACAAUAGUUUUGUGGUCUUGGGUAUAUAAACAAACUAAUGUAUUAUUUAUGUAAUCAGAUGAAUGUAUAUAGCCAUUGCUUCUUUGAAAGACUGCUUAUCACAUAUUACAUAUGUUUGAUCCGAUCAUUUAUCAAUAAACAAAUAAUUAAAUUAAGCUUUAUUUCAUUAAAAAGAUUAUGAACAACUCGUUACUUCAAUAUAUACAAAUGUAUAACUAAAUAUAAGAUAGUAGUUUUUAACUUAUUUUUAAUCGCUAAACAAUAUCAAAUGCUUCCAUUUUCUAUAUUUUUAAAUUUUUGCAAUAUUUACUGUUCUAUUUAUUGAAGAACAUUUAAAGUUUAUUAUUUAUGUUUAUCUUUUAAUUUGCAUGUCUAUAAAAAGUGCAGUAAAAAACUAGUACGUUCUAAUUAAUGGAAGAUUUUGUAGAUUUUUUAUUCAUUUGUUAAAAGUAUAUUUUAAUAAGAAACCUUAUGAAUUAAUACAAGUUGGUAUCAGAAAGAUCCAGUCCAUAUACGUUAUUGGUGUUAACAAUCAAAAAGAGGACCGACAACGAAUAUAAUAGCUAUUUGUAUAUACAUAUAAUAUAUAUAUUACAUUUUAUUUACUUAUUGGUUUGCUUCGAGGGAAAUAUGUUGAAUAAAUGAACUCUGAUAUCAUGAAUUUAACUUUCACUUUAUUCAUUAUAAUUGUUUGGUCGACUGAUAGGUUUUUAGCCUAAGCUUAACUUUAGAUAAUGGCAAAGGCUAACAAUGUAUAUUUAUAAUAAAUGUUAUCCUAUACCUAAGCGGAUAUAUGAAUAAAUGUUAGCUUAAGUUACUAGAAUAACAUAUUUACGUUAAAGUAAAUAAUACUUAAAAUAGAUUAUAAAUAAUGUAUGAAAAUAGAUUAAUUCAUAUACAUAUACAAUAAUAAAAGAAAUAAUGUUGAAAAUAUAAAA